AUGAAGAAGAUUCCUCCAAAGCUUAUCGCAGAAGCUAAAGCGGGUAAACUGCCGGCUGUCCACCCUCCCAAAAACAUUUCCGACGGCGCUGAGACGGCUUUGGUAUCUCUGACGGAUAUCCUUCCCCUAUUCCGGACGUGCAUCAACUUCAUCGCCGAAAACCAAGACAAGAAUGGAAUCCUCAGACUGUCGGAGCACCUUGACGGUAUCCUAGCCUGGCUGCGACUUUUCACCGCCUACUCUGCUUCCUACUUCUCCGGUGACGAGUUAGCUUGGAGGAUGGAACUCGCCUGCAGUUUUCCUACCGUACUGAUGAAGACGGACGAACAACUGGCAGACUUGAUCUUACGCUCCCCAACCAUGAUUGAGGUAUUCCUCGAGGCUUGGUAUGCCAAGAAUAACGACGGAGAACCUCUUUGCAUCAUUGUCAGCCCUGUCUGUGUUGUCGCGCAACUGUUGAACGAAAUCACGGCUCACCAGGACGGCUUCGAGCAACUAACGAGCCUCCUCUCCUCAAAGAGAUACCUCCCGGCCUUCUGCACUACGUUCGCGUCACGAAUCACCACUGUUUCUUCUCUUUUCGACCCGGCCAAUUGCGACUCUGAAGCAAUCAGCGGAUACAUCGGCACCCUCUCCUCGGCGGCCACGCGACUCGCCCGCGUCCCUGAAGUACACCGUCGAUUGCGCCAAGUUGGGAUCCUCAAGCGCCUUGUCAGGGCUAUCAAAGUAUUCAAUGCGCGUCUUAGGCCACAGGAAACUUUCUUACUCGCUACCUACACCAUUCGACUCUCCUACCAACCGGGAAUCACGAGAUAA